AUGUUUGAGGGGACUGCCAUCCACCGCUGGCUGAGCUGGGGAGCUCUCUACCUGUUGGCAGCGGGGGUGACAUUAACGUCUGAAACACGGCAGCAGUGUCCACAGCCGUGCCGCUGCAACGCCGCGCUACUGGAGGUGAACUGCUCUGAUGGCCAGUUCGCCACAGUCCCCGCCGGUCUCCCACCAGACACUAAACUACUAAACUUAACACAUAAUAAGAUCAAGACUCUGGUGCGUCAGCAGUUCCAGACUUUGACACAACUUUUAGACUUGGAUUUGAGUGACAAUAUAAUGGUGAUAAUUGAAGUGGAAGCCUUCCUCGACUUGCAAAGUCUGAUAACUCUGCGUCUCGCUCGCAACCGCCUGAAGAUUAUUCCUGUAGGAGCGUUUGCUGGUUUGCCAAAACUGCAGCUACUGGACAUAGGCAGCAACGAGAUCCUAGUUUUUCUAGAUUUUACUUUCCGCGACUUGGCCGCCCUGCAGUUUAUGAAAGCUGCAGGUAAUGACUUAGUUUUUAUAUCUCAUCAAGCUUUUGCCGGCUUGGCCAGUCUGCAGGAGCUGCACCUCGAUGGCUGCAACCUGACCGCUGUGCCGACGGAGGCCCUCACACAGCUCGGUGAGCUGAGAAGUCUUCACUUUCAGCGGCUGGGCCUCGCCACGCUGCCAAACUACUCUUUCCGUCAUCUGGAGCGUCUCAAGGAACUUGUCAUUUCUCACUGCCCCAUGCUGGAGACCCUGUCAGGAAACAGUCUCUUUGGCCUAAAUCUUACAUCCCUCACCGUCAGACACUCUAAACUCAGUGCUGUCCCAUACAUCCCUUUGCAUCACCUUGUAUAUCUAGUAUACCUUGACCUGUCUUUUAAUCCAAUCACCUACAUUCAUGGUAACGUCCUUGAAGACUUGCUCCGACUCCAAGAGCUCCAUCUGGUCGGUGGAUCGUUGCUUCGUAUCGAAAUCGGAGCAUUCAGGGGUUUGACACAUUUGAGACUAUUGAAUGUGUCUAAAAACCUCCUCACCACACUUGAGUUGGGAGCUUUUCAUGCAGUUGACACCAUAAAAACGCUGGGACUUGAUAACAACCCACUAGCGUGCGACUGCCGCUUGCUGUGGGUGGUGCGAAGACGACAGUAUCUAGACUUUAGUGGAAAUCCACCAACUUGCACUACCUCGAUCCAGUUGCAGGACUGGAAUUUUCUAGACUUUACCGAAACUGAGGUCCCAGGCCUGCUCACGUGUCGGCAGCCUCGCAUACUGAACCGCAAACCUCAAGAAGUGAGAGUAGAUCAGGGACACACGGUGGUGUUUUAUUGCAACGCAGAAGGUGACCCUCUGCCAUCUGUCACCUGGCUAAACCCACAGCUGAAACCUUUAUCACCCACCGGUAGAAUACGGGCUCUCUCUAAUGGCUCGCUAGAGGUGCGCUACGCUCAACCUCAAGACAGUGGUACGUAUCUCUGUGUGGCAUCUAACGCGGCAGGAAACAACAGCCUGCCUGUCAGCCUGCAUGUCCGAGCCUUUCCACCAUCUUCCAAAACCCCCUUUCGUCUUAAAGGUUGGUUUGCCUUUCCGUCUGCCUCUCCAGGUGUGAACGGAGCUCAGAAGGUCCCAUUUGAUGUCAAGACGCUACUGAUAGCGGCAACCAUUGGCUUCCUCUCAUUUUUCAGCUCUGUGAGCGUAUGCUUCAUUUUCAUGUUUUUCUGGAGCAAGAGCAAAGGGCAAAUAAAGCACACAGCCACAAUAGCAUAUGUGCCUCGAAGUGCCAUGUCAGGAAGUAAAGGAGGGGCAGGCAACUCUACUGAGACGAGCAGGUUCACCAUGAAAUUGAUAUAACUCAUAAGUAAAAAGAUGAUUUUCAGGUGGUAUGACUUGGUGCAUCAAGGGUUUAUAAACUGCAAAAAGGUCAACAGGAGUCACUGAAUUUUAGAGCAUGUUUACUUUUCCUUCAGAGAUGACUGUUGAUUAAUUCAUGUAAAUGUGAGCAUGUCAGCCUAUGUUGUGCAAAUGUGAAAAAGACAAGACAUACAGUAAAUUGUGCUGGUAUAAGCAGUUCUGGACAUUAAGAAGCUUAUAAGGUAACAUUUAAGUAACUAAGAGAUGGACAUCAGUAAUUAACUUUACUUAUCUUUUCAUGAGACAGAAGCUCCACCGUAACAAAACCUGAAUAUGAAACAACCAAAGCA